UGCCAGAAAGAGCUUAGAGGAGGGGACGCGGACAUCCGAUGGGACAGAUAUGUGGCAGGAGUGAAGAAGACGGACGAGCAAGCCGCUGUUUUCCACAAUAUCGCGUUGACGUUAGCCCGAUUAGCAUUCGCCAGCAUUCUCAUCCUUCCGUCUGGCAUCGACAGUGGAAUUCAAACAACGCAGCAGUCAAGACGAAGGAAAAAUAAAAAGGGCCAAAGUGCCAGACGAAAGAAACGCACUGGGGAGCCCGUCUUUUAAACCCUCCCCCGGCCACGGCGUGUCUGCCUCUCCUGACGUCUCUCCAGUCUGAGAAACGACACAAACGGAAAGAGAGCGAGACGAGGAGGACCUGCGAGACGGAAGAAAAGAAGCCAGCCUGACCGAGCUGAAAUAAAGGCACAGAGAAGAAGGAAAUUGAAGAGGGAAGGAAGAGAGAGAGAGAGAGAGAGAGAGAGAGAGAGAGAGAGAGAGAGAGAGAGGUGGAGGAUAAACUAUAUGCCUUUCUGGGAUUUCAGAGUGGAAUGCCCCUGUCAUGAUGCUGUCACGGUUUCACCCCCCGCCCCCAGGUGACCAAGGAGGGCGUGUCCGGGUUUCGGCCCAUCAUAAAGGGAAUCUCGGCAGAUUCACUUCCAGUUUGUGUUCGGAAGCGUUUCCCUUCAGGUGCAGCCCACUUCACUGACGCUCUGCCCACUUUGGCCAUAGUCCCCAUCUCUUCCACUCCCACUUCCUCCUGGAGUCCAGGCCAUUUCCUGUUUACUCAUCUGGGGAUGCUGUUGCCAUCCCGUGGCAGUUGCCAUGGAGACGGGUGGAUUCCUGUGGUAGGCCAUUUUGGGAACAGCCUCCAGAUGUUGUGUCAGAUGUGGAGCGGUGUUGUGAGCAGAACUGGACAAGGACAGGCACAGAGGUGCUGUGCAGCUCAGUUUCCGGAUUCACAUUGUAUGGCCACAUCACUGCAGGGACCAUAGGACUUCCUCUUCCUGUCAGACAACCUGCUUGACCCUGUUGCAGCGAAAUAAGGAGAGACUAUUUCACUUUAACCCACAGAAACCAUGCGGCACAUUCAUGUGGAGUUAGCCCGCAGGGAGGCUCCUCUAGAGCUUCCAGCCCAAGAGGGGGACCUACCUCCACCUACAGCCCCAACGCAGGGCCUAGAUCCUGGAUUGAGACCAGGGACCCCCAGGCCCUUUGGCCAGGAGGAGAUCCGGCUCCAGAAAGUAUACCAGCUUUCCAUAUUCUCUCAGCUGGGGGGUUUCUCAACCCCCACAGAACCCCCCACAGAGGCCCAGCAGAGGCCCAUGCGAUUUGGGGUGAAGAGGGGGCUCGAGGAGCCCCAGUUAACUCACAAGCGCCCCCAUCUGGGGGACUCUUCAAACAGAGAUGGACUGGAAAGAGGGGUGUUGUGUGGGUCGGGCCCAGCUCCAGGGAUGGGUAUGGUGUUGGGUAUGUGCCCAGGAGGAACAGGUCCCUUAUAUUCUUGCACACUGAUGGACCACAGAGACUCUGACGGGGGUCUUUCUCCCAUCAGAUCUCCACCUCUCUCUCCUAGUCACACCCCCUCCCGACGCCCUGCCCAGCACAACCAUGACAGGCCCGUCCCAGAUAUUUUUGCACGUCUCACCCCCAAAUCACCCCCCAUGUGUGACCCGCAUGGGCAACCCUGUGACCUGGGCACCUCUCUGGGUUCCUCAUCCUCUGGGGGGCGUACACCCUCCUGCUCCCUGGGCAGUCCUGGAGGUGAGAGUUAUGGAAAUGGCUAUGACACACCUACCUAUGAGAGCCCAGGCCCUGCAAGCCCCACCAGUCCUCCAGGCCCCUUCUCCCCCCCUCAUCACACAGAGCUCCAGGAGCCGGGAGAGGCCACAGAGUGGGGUGCUGGGCUAGAGUCCUCUCCACCUGAGCGCAGUGCUACCCAGGCUGCAUCCUCCUCCUCCAAUGGCCUGCCUUCCUGGGAGAAGACGCCGAGUAGUAAUGGCUUCCGCUGUUCCAUUUCUGGAGGACCUUGCCCAGCUAAGAAGAAGCUGUUGUCCCCGAGCGACACAGGGGAGUCGUGUUCAGAGGACGAGGGACCCUCCACCUCCAAGAGGAGUCGGCUAGCACUUCUGGCCCCUGGUCUUGGCCUGGCCUCCUGUCGCAGCACCGAUGCAAAGGCUGCUCCUUACUGGAACCAUCUGCUGCCCUCCGCACGAGACCGAUCUACGAGUGCAACAGACUUGACCAGAUCAGGGAGACGGCUAAAAAAUGGGCUGCGACUGAAAAGUCGCCAGUUACGCAGCGGGAGGCGCACAGACACGUGUCGCUCCACACACUCUAGGUGGCCUUCCUCCUCCAUCAGCAGGUCACUACUGGGCAACUUUGAGGAGUCCAUACUGAAGGGCCGCUUCUCCCCGUCGGGCAGGAUUGAGGGCUUCACAGCUGAGAUCGGUGCCAGUGGAUCCUAUUGCCCGCAGCAUGCCACCCUGCCCGUGCAGGUCACCUACUAUGAUAUCUCUGAGCACAGCGCACCAUCACCCUUCCUGGGGGUGAUAUCCCUCGAACCUCUUGGAAAGAAAGGAUACAGCAUACCCAAAGUGGGGACCAUUCAAGUGACCUUAUUUAAUCCCAAUAAAACUGUGGUGAAAAUGUUCCUGGUGACCUACAAUUUUGGAGAUAUGCCCGUCAAUCACAUGACCUUCCUGCGCCACCGCAUUUUCCUGGUGCCUGUGGAGGAAGGGCUGGAGGGGAAAGUGGAGGGGUCUCCAGGGGUUGGGGUCAUGGACAGGAAGAAGAUUCUCUGCUACCUGAUACACCUCAGAUUCCAGAGUUCCAAAUCUGGGAAGAUCUACUUGCACAACGAUAUCCGGCUGCUAUUCUCCCGCAAAUCCAUUGAGGUGGACACGGGAAUCCCUUAUGAGCUGAAAUCUUUCACCGAGGUGCCAAGAAACCCCAAAUACUCACCCCGUGUGUGACCCUGUGACCCCCCUCCCCCCGCCCCAAAGCCAACCCAGCCCCUAACCCUGCUUCCCAAGGAAGAGGGAUGGGCACAGACAAACAGAAUGCCAGAAAUACAGACGCAAAACUUGAACAGACUUGUAUACACAUCUCUCUCUCUGUCUCUCGCACACGCACACACAGACAGUGCAGCCAUUGUAGAAGUCCCUUUUCAAGCAUUUGCCCCACAUCUAUCCUGCAAUAGCACCGCAGGUAAAUUCUUUCCAAAAUGUUAUUUAGAGGAACUACAGUAAUAGUAUUACAACACAAAACUCACAAUGCCUCUUUUGGAACUAGCUACCAGCCCAUCUCUUGUAUCAUCCAACAGCAAAAACGUGCAGCAGUAUUUCAGCUCACAAGUGGUACGUACGUGGGACUUCUGCAAUGGCUUCAUCUGUGCAAACAACGCAUACAAAGAAAUGCACAAACAUUGGCACACGUUGCUCAACCGGAAAUGGACAUAUGGAUUCUCGUGCACAGACAGAUGCAUACCUACGCUGCGGACCGAACUCUUCUGGUGGUGACUCUCUACGUUCAGUGUUAACAUGCAUGCCUUGUGACUAAAACAUACGGAUUUUUUUUCCCUCUAGUGCCGUAUCACACUGUCCUUCACUCUGCCUGCACCCCCACCACCCCACACCACUGCCGCUAGUGCCGGACCAAACACGACACAAUAUCAGACUACAAACUUUGCAGGGAGAACUGCACACACACACACACUUGCAUAGAACCACUCGUGAUGUUAUCGGCCGAAUCGGAACCAACCCAUCAUCUGCCACCAUUUCUACCAGUUAAAGUGAUACCCACCUGUCAUCUUGGAAAGACAGGAUAUAUCAUACCCAACAGGACCUGACCUGACCAUCUCACACGACAUGGUAUGGACCGCUGUGUGGUGUGCCAAAGCAGGAGGGGCCAUACCAUGUUGUAACUAGUAGGGGAAUUUAUUUUAUGUAGCCAGACUGAGGGACACUGUGUGUUAUUUCCUUCUUCCUCUUUUUUUUUUUUUUUUUAGAAUCUGUUCAAAACAGUUGAAUGUGGGAGUGGAAAAGAAAAAGGAAAAUGGAAAAAAAAACAAGCCGUAGUAUUUUUAAUUUAUGUUUUCGCAAAUGUCUUAAUAAGCAAUAUGCUGCACAAAAGUAGAGUGUGUUUUUUUCAGUCAGACAGACUUUCUCUCCGGAGCGGGACUGGGGAGGUGUAAGUUAAGAAAGGGAGGGAGGGGGGAGGGAUAUUUAAU